AUGCCUACCGGAUUGCCUUAUUUGCAGAAACUGCGCAAGCCCCAACUUACAGAAUGGGCGGAGCUCACUGACCUCCAGGACUAUGAGGACUUGACAAAACCCGACCUCGCUGCCGCUCUGGACAGCCAUCUCCAAGCCAACGAGUCCAUCUUCAAAACUGACGCGCGCCUGGCCGAUUAUUACCGGCGACUGUCGCAAUCCCCGCGCGUUUACUCCCCCACCAAGAGAGCUCCCAAGGUCGAAGCCUCCCCGACCCCGGAUGAAGCUCCUCGAUCCGUGCGCCGAAGGCAGGUGAAGGCCAAGGUGGAGCGCGAGCCUACAGAAGAGUCCGAGCCUCAGACCCCCGGGCAAGUGGUGGGCGUGCAGCCGCCAACGAUGUCAUCGCUGGUGUCGGAGCUACCGCCCUCGCCGGCGGUGGUUACCGACGUGAUUGAUCGCCAGACAGCCGCGUGGGGCAAGUCCGUUAGCGAACUGUGGUCGGAAACGGGUGUGCACGAGCGCACCGAGUCGCUCCGCUCCAACCUUAGCAGUGUCAAGGCCUUUGGCACGUUGAUAUUAUCGGUCGAAGCCCUGAACGUAUUGCGGGCUGUUGUGCCCAAGAAUUACGUGGGCACCGUCCCCAUGCCCCCGUGGACGCAUGUCUCGGACUUGGAGAUCGCCAUUCCGGACCUUUUCGUGCUGGUCGAGGGGCAUUGUUGGGCUGUUGUCUCGCUGUGGGCGUUGAUUAGUGCGGCGCUGCCUUUUACUGUCGCGUACUUUUUCAAUCUUAGCUUGCAGGCUGCGCAGGCUGGGUCGUCCUCUACGCAUACGCGUCGCAGUCGCUCGGGCGUUCAUGCGAGCUUUGAUCCGUUGAGCUUCUAUAUUGCCAAGGCGGUGAUCACGUAUUUGGUGUAUACGGAGCAGUUUACCUUUUGGGGCACUUACCAGGGGUUGACGAUUGAUCGGUUGGAGGGGUCUGUUCCCGGGGGGUUGAAUGGGGCGUUGGCGGGGUGUGCUAUUGGAGUGAUUGGGACUUUGUAUGAAGCUAUUCUGAGGAAGUGA